CACACACCAUUGACUGCAAGUGUAACGUCAAAAUCUUCUUCCUUUAUCUCUCUUCACUCCAGCUUACUCUUUCUCUCUCCUCCCUGUAACCACCAAAAAGAAGAUGCCAUGCCUUGGUAACCCACUGAGUGCACCACCGGACCUCAGCUCGCGGGCCGAGCUCAACAAGCCAAUUCUUAGCGGAGCCCGGCCAGGCCCGGAACUUAGCCCGGAUAGGUUCGAGCUGGAACCUCAAUUGGCGGGGUUGUCUAGCGAUGGCGGGCGAGAAGAAUUCAGAGGAAAUAGUGGUGGAGGAGGAGGAGGAGGGGCAAUUGGGAAGAAGCCGGGGCAAGGACCCGACCCGGAUAAGGAUUUGGGUUCCUGGUUCCAAUUGGAGCUGCAAGGCGAAGUCGGGGAUGGGGAUGAGGAUAGGGACGGGACUGAAAGGGCUUCGGAAGAAUGUGGAGCCGUUGGAUUCAAGUGUUCUGUGCCCUUUCGUGUUGGAGCUCCAAAAUUGGUCCAGUGCCGUGUUUGCCAUAAUUCAGUCCAACAUGAGGAGAAACUGUCUUGUUCCGUCCGCGGUUGUCUGUGUGUCUUUCACCUAACAUGUGCGAAAGAAAAUUUUAAGUUUAAAUCAUCAAAGCAAUUUAAGUGCCCUCAACAUUGCAUAACCUGCAGAAGGCUAACAGUGUUCCAUCUGACAUCUUAUGUUUCUCAUCAGGCGUGUUUUCUAUGUAAUCAAAGGUUUCGUUUUUGGAAAUGCAUAAGGUGUGCAAUGGCAUGUCAUGAUAAAUGUGUCCCAUUCCCCGAGUAUGUCGUCAAGUUUCCCGACCGACCAGGAGAAGCCAUUUGCUGGAGGCAUUCUGCUGAUUGGCAUCAAGAGAAGGAUGUGUUUGCUCUGUUGCCACUUCCAUAUAACAUUCAGGAGUUCAAAAUAGAUCUAAAGUGGAAAGAGGAAAUUGAAGCUAAAUUGGAGCCACCUCCAUAUAUUCCUAUCAAACGAAAUAUAUACCUCGUCAAGAGAAAACGAAGUAAUGAUGUUGCUGACAUCGGAUGCACAAACUGCAGUUCCACCGAAUGUUCUGAUAGUUGUGGUUCAGUGCAUCAGCUGCUCAAAAGCGUGUCGUUGCUCCAAAAAUUGUUCCAACCGACCCUUUCAGAAAGUGAAGAAGAUCCAGACUGUGAAGUCUGUGAUGCCUAUCAGACAGAAAAAUGUGGUUGGGGUGUUGUGGCAGCUGAAUCAAUCAGUGAAGGAGAUUUUGUAAUAGAAUAUGUAGGAGAAGUAAUUGAUGACGCCAUGUGCGAAAGAAGGCUGUGGGAUAUGAAAGACCAGAAGGCAAAGAACUUCUAUAUGUGUGAAAUCAAUAAGAAUUUUGUCAUUGAUGCAACUUUUAAGGGCAACGCCUCCCGGUUUCUAAACCACAGUUGUGCCCCCAACUGUAAACUAGAAAAGUGGCAGGUCGAAGGUGAGGUCCGCGUCGGUGUCUUUGCAUCCAGAUCAAUCAGAGUCGGAGAAGCACUAACAUAUGAUUACAGGUUUGUGCAGUUUGGGCCGGAGGUCGAAUGCUGUUGUGGAGCUCCAAACUGUAGCCGGAAUUUGGGGACCACUAGAAAGAUUGUGUUCGGGACUAAUGCGAAGGUGGAGUUGGUCUCAACUUGGUGUGUUAAAAGACAAAGGACAUUGAAGAGAACUGUAAGAAUUGUUGUAGAGUGAUAUUUUUGAUUUGCAGCUGUAGUUUAGCGGCGCAUAGAUUUCUUUCAUGUUGUUAUAUAUUUGCUUUUGCUGCUGAAUGCAUUAUAACCAAAGGAAAAUCUCAGAGUACAGAGAAUUUUUGUGUAUUUUUAUCGGGUGGCGGUGUAUAAAGAUGUGAAAAGAACCACAUCUGAGUUUUUUUCUCAAUGUAGUUUUGUGCUGCUGCAAAUUUAGUGCAUAAAUUACCUCAUUUUGUACAUGAGACAAUCAACUUAUUUUGUGGAAUGGCUGUAGCAGGACCUAAGUGUUCGGCAUUUUUAUUGGACCACGAAAGGUUUUGCAAGCACUUCAGACUGAGUAAUUCUUUUAUGUGUGUGCAAAAACAUAUAUAGAAAUGUUUCUGAUUAAGCACUUUCAUUCAAAAGCAUAUGUAUUGUGCUAAUUGUUUCAUACAUUUACACUGAGAAGUGAGAAUUGCUAUUUCACUUCAAGCUUAACUACAUUAAUGAAAUAUCUGCCAGUCAUCUGAAAGCAAGUUCUAGAUCGGAAGUAGGUAGAUAAUUGGGCUGGGCUGGGCCCAGCCCUCUGAGCAAAUCCUUUGCCAGUAUUUUCUAUCAGGCUCGGCUUCCAUUACGUGCAAUUUGGCCUUUUCACCAGUAUCCCUCUGUAAAUCAUCAUUGCUUCCCGGCCACAUUAUCCAGAUACCACUUGUAAGUACCCACAAGCCCAUCCUUGAGAGAAAUCUUGGGCUCCCAUCCCAGGCCCGCAAGCUUCGAGCUAUCCAUGAGCUUCCUCGGCGUCCCGUCAGGCUUGCUCGAGUCCCAAACAAUCUCCCCUUUGUAUCCAACCACUUCCUUAACAAGCUCAGCAAGCUCCUUAAUGGUAACCUCCUUCCCACUCCCCACAUUCACAUGCUCCACACCACUGUAAUUCUCCAGUAAAAAAACUAUGGCGUCCGCCAGGUCAUCUACGUGAAGAAAUUCGCGCAGAGGGGUCCCACUGCCCCAAACCACCACGCUACGGGCACCAUUGGCUUUGGCUUCGUGAAACCUGCGCAGAAGGGCUGGAAGGACAUGGGAAUUGUCCGGGUGGAAAUUGUCGUUGGGCCCGUACAGGUUGGUGGGCAUGGCGGAGAUGGCGUCGAACGAGUGCUGGAGGCGGUACGCCUGGCACAUCUUGAUCCCGGCGAUCUUGGCGACGGCGUACCACUCGUUGGUGGGUUCGAGCGGGCCGGUGAGGAGGGCGGACUCCGGUAUGGGCUGCGGGGAGAAUUUGGGGUAGAUGCAGGAGGAGCCGAGGAAGAGGAGCUUUAGGGUUUGGUGGCGGAGCGCGGAGGAGAUGACGUUGGUCUGGAUCUGGAGGUUGACGGUGAUGAAAUCGGCGGGGUAGGUGUUGUUAGCGUGGAUGCCGCCGACCUUAGCGGCGGCGAGGACGACGUAGCGGGGCCGGUGGGAGGCGAAGAACUCGUCCACGGCGGGCUGGGAGGUGAGGUCGAGCUCGGCGUGGGUGCGGAGGAGGAGGUUGGUGUAGCCGAGGGAUCUGAGCCUGCGGACGACGGCGGAGCCGACGAGGCCGCGGUGACCGGCGACGAAUAUGGAGGCGGAAUUGUCGAUGGGAGGUGGAGCCAUAAGCGGCGGCGCGUGGUGCUGAGGAUGGACUUUGGGAGAA